UCCUGAGAUGGCUUGCAAGGAGCCGGAAGCGUCUGGGAGUCGCACAAGCUGCUUCAGUAUGGGCUGGAGCACCUGCAGGCUGCUUUCUCUCUUCUUUACCCUGGUGACUUCAGUGAACUCAGUGAGUCUUCCUCAGCUGGUGAAUCCUGCCUUCCCAGGCACUGUCACCUGUGAUGAAAAGGAAGUAACAGUCAAGUUUUCAAGCAAUAAUGACACAGAGAAAUGGCAUCCAUUUGUUGUGGAUGCGUUUGGUAUUGAAAUGCUGAACUGUACUUAUGCCCUGGACACAGAAAAGCUCAUCCUGAAGUUCCCCUAUGAGACCUGUACCAAGAGACUGAUAGGUGGGUACCAGGUGAACAUCAGAGUCAAGGACAACAGUACUGAUGUUGGACAUGAAGAUAGUAUGCAUCAGUUCUUCUGUCCAGCUAUGCAAGUAGAAGAGACCCAUGAGCUUUCAGGAGCCGUGACCUGCAUGAAGGACUUCAUGUCUUUUUCCUUUCCAAACGUUUUCUCUAGAUUUGCUGAUGAUGAUCGGAACAACAUCCCUGAUAUGGGAUGGACAGUUGAGGUUGGCGAUGGUACAAGACCCCACAUUCUAUCCCUGAAGGAUGCCUUAAGACAAGGAUUUAAUCUUCUGAUUGACAGCCAGAAAAUGACCCUACACAUGCCAUUCAAUGCUACUGGAGUAGCUCACUAUGUGCAAGGUAACAGUCAUCUGUACAUGGUGCUCCUGAAGUUUUCAUUUGCAUCUCCUGGGCAGAAGAUCACCUUCUCAUCACAAGCUGUGUGUGCAUCAGAUCUUUCUGUGACUUGUAAUGCCACACAUAUGACCCUCACCAUACCCGAAUUUCCUGGGAGGCUAAAGUCUGUGAGCAUUGGAAAUAGGAACAUCCCUGAGAGCCAACUGCAUGCCAGUGGGAUUGACAGAGAAGCAACAAAUGGCCUGAGAUUGCAUUUCACAAAAACUCUACUGAAAACAAAAUCCUCCGGAAAGUGCCCCCUUGAUCACUUCUACUUACCUUCACUCAAGUUGACCUUUUACUUUCAACUGGAUUUGGUAUCCAUGAUGAUUGAUCCGGAGUGCCAUUGUGAGUCGCCAGUCUCUAUAGUUACAGGUGAGCUGUGUACACAGGAUGGAUUUAUGGAUUUCAAGGUCUACAGCCACCAAACAAAACCUGCUCUGAACCUGGACACACUCACAGUGGGAAACUCAUCCUGCCAGCCUACCUUCAAGGCCCAGUCUCUGGGGUUCGUGCAGUUUCACAUACCCCUCAAUGGAUGUGGAACAAGACAGAAAUUUGAAGGUGAUAGUGUCAUCUAUGAAAACGAAGUACAGGCUCUAUGGAAAAAUCUACCACCAACCAUCAUAUUCAGAGAUAGUGAGUUCAGAAUGACAGUGCGGUGCCACUACAAGAGGGACAGCAUGUUACUCAAUGCUCAUAUCAGAAACCUUCCUCCUCCAGUGGCCUCUUUGAAUUCAGGUCCACUGAUACUGGCCCUACAAACCUACCCAGACAAAUCCUAUCAACGACCUUAUGGGAAGGAUGAAUACCCUCUAGUGAGAUACCUCCGCCAGCCAAUUUACAUGGAAGUGACAGUCUUGAACAGGAAUGAUCCUAGCAUCAAGCUGGUCUUGGAUGACUGCUGGGCAACACUGUCUAUAGACCCAGCCUCUAUCCCCCAGUGGCAUAUUGUCGUGGAUGGCUGUGAAUAUGACCUGGACAACUACCGCACUACCUUCCAUCGAACUGGCUCCUCCAGGACUCAUCCUAAUCACUACCAGCGGUUUGACGUGAAGACCUUUGCCUUUGUGUCAGAAGCUCGGGGGCUCUCUAGCCUGGUCUACUUCCACUGCAGUGCCUUAAUCUGCAACCAAGAUACUCCCGACUCCCCUCUGUGUUCUGUGACUUGCCCUGCAUCAUCAAGGAUUAAACGAGAGGCCACCAAAGAAGACAAAAUGACAGUCAGCCUCCCAGGACCUGUUCUUCUGUUGUCAGAUGACUCUUCACUCAAAGAUGUUGUAGACCCCAAAGGGCAUGAGAUUGCUGAGGAUGCUGUUUUGAAAACAGUGGCUGCUGUAGGUGUGUUGGUGGGUGUGGUGGUGAUUGUAGGUUUCAUUUGUUACCUGCAUAAGAGAAGAACUGCAAGGUUGGAUGACUAA